AUGAGAGGACUGGUUGUAGUGAUGCAAAGCUCAUUAAGGAGUGAUUGAAUCCAAAUGAGCCCCACCACCAUAUUUGCUAUGGCUUUGUAUUCUGCCUUGGUGCUUGACCAAGAGAUGGUAGGUUGUUUCUUGGAAGACCAAGACACGAAAUUUCGGUCAAGGUAAACCAAAUAGCCACUGAUGGAUCAUCUAUCUUCUUUGAAGUUGGGCCAACUAGCAUCACUAUAAGGUAUAAGCUGUAGUGGUGAAUCAAAAGUAAAAUCUAGACCCAAAGAAAUAGAUCUUUUUAGAUAUGUUUCGGAUGAAAUCAAUCUUUGGAAGAGGGAUUGUGCAUCUUUUGAAAGGCUUGAUUGACUACAUAAGCUAUGUUUAGCCGAGUAAUGAUAAGGUAUUGCAAAUCCCUUAGGAUUUUGCAAUAGGAGGUGGGAUUAGGCUUGACGUUGUUGAUUUUAAGUUCAGCUGUUAAGGUUGACCAUGGAGUGGAAAGGGGCUUACAUUGAUCCAUGUGGGCUCGUUAAAGAACGGUUGGCAAGGUACUUGGAUUGAGACAAGAUGAAGCCUGUGGAAACUUACAAAAUUUCUAUACCAAGAAAAUAUUUUGCUUUUCCAAGAUCUUUAAUGGCUUAUGAAGAUAUGAGAUAAUAUAAUUUAUGAAUUGUUUGUUGGAUCCAAUGAGUAAUAAAUCAUCAACAUAUAUAAGAAUAAAAAGAUAUUUGGAAGUAGAGAAAAAAAAGAGGGAUCAAUUUUCGAUCCAGAAAAACCUAAUUUAAUUAGGUAGGAAGAUAAUUUUGAAAACCAAGCUCUUGGGACUUAUUUAAGACGAUAAAUAGACAUGUUUAAUUUGCAAACAUGAUGGGGUAAGAGAGAAUCUUGAAAACUUUGAGGUUAGACCAUGAAGAUAUUUUUGGUCAAAUCUCCAUGUAGGAAGGCAUUUGACACAUCCAACUGGUGGAUGUGUCAUUUUUGACUAAUGGCAAUGGAGAAGAGAAUUCUUACUAUUGUAAUUUUGAUAACAGGAGAGAAGGUAUCAAAAUAAUCAAAUCCUUCUUGUUGGGAGUGGCCUUUGGCUACUAAUUGGGCGUUAUAUCUGUCUAUAUAGCCAUUGAAUUUUAAGUUUAACCGGAACACUUGUUUACAGCCUAUGAUAUUGGUAUUAGGAGGUUGUGGAACUAAUGUCCAAGUGUUAUUAUUAAUUAAGACAUCAUACUUGGAGUGCAUGGCUUGUCUCCAUGUGAGAUGAUUCUAAGUAGAGUUAAAAUUAUUAGAUUUUUUAUGGGAUAAUAUAAGAUGAUAGCAUUGAAGAAGAGGGUGUUUUAUAGAUAACGUCGCUAAAUAGGAAGAAGCCAUAGGGAUGGUGGUAGUGUCUUUAUAAAGGGUACUAAUCCUUUUAAGUUUUGCAGGUGGAGUGGAAGAAGUUGAUUGAGAGUUCUGAUUUACUGGUGUUUGGAAUAGUGAUCAGUCAACAGUGAUGAAUUGUGUGGGGUGAUGGAUGAAAAUGAGGUAGGGUCUAAUAAGGAGUCAUUUUCCAAAGACUGUGUGGAUGAGGCUUUUGAGAUGGGAUGCAGUAUGAUUGGAUUUUGACUAGUGAUAGGUUCUGAGGUAAAUAUUAACCUAAUAGGAAUGAGAACAAAGAUUGAAAAUUGGUUGGAAGUUUGGUUAGAAUGAAUGUAUAUAUUGGAUGUGAUUCGAGAAUGUCUCUGUGAAUUGUGGAAGAUGUUAUGGGAGUGUGAGUUGUGGUGGAAUGUGGGAAGACAUCUUCAUAGAACAUGA